AUGACGGACCUGACCGCCGUUCAGGCCUCGUCUGGCUUCGUCUACGACCUUCGCAACUCGGGCCUUGGUCCUGACACCGAGGCUAGGGCGCUACUUGGCUUGACGACGGACUUUGACGUGCUGUUUUGUGAGAGAGUGAGGGAGGGUUAUGAGUUUGUUUUUGCGGAGAGGGUGCGCGUGCGGAUUCCUUUGAUGCGUCGGGGUCAGACCCAAGGCAGCCUCGAUGGUGAAGGCGAUGGAGUGGAAGGGAACGGAUAUGGCGAUAGCUAUGAGUGCACCUGCGCGGUGUUUCGGGGGAAAGAUGUGGCUUGUCAACAUAUCUUUUGGCUUCUCGAUCAAGUUCAGGGUCAAUUACUUUCGGCCUCUCCUUCCCCUUCCCGAGUCCCUUCGAAGAUCCUCCUCUCGAGUGACGGGCAUGCGCAGGGUUUCCCACGCAUCGAACAACUCCUUUCCAGCCAUAUAACCCUAGAAUCCCUCGCAGACCAGCUGGACUGGCCAUACGUCCGCUCCGCAGUGGAGGAAGGCGGGUUCAGCCGGACGCAGAGGGUCCGCGACAUCCUCUCUGCAUUCAGCACGGAGAUCCUCCCCGAGGAGUUUCGGUGUGACCUUGCCGAGCUUGAUUUCGAUCCGGAAGACAGUACGGGAUAUAGCCACAUAUCAACCAAGGAGAGGAGAACACCAGAGCAGUGCGUCGUGCAGGGAGACAUGGAAACGACCGUCUUUCGCCUGGCCGUGAACGAUGAUAACGUAUUCACGAGUCUGUGCAAGGCCAUGCCACCUGGUGCUUGCGCAGCGAUCUACUUUGAUAAAGCGCUGGAGAGGUCGAGGAAAAUUCUCUUCGAAUUUGACAAGUACUGUCAAACACUAGGAGGACCAACCGAGAUCAAAAACCAAGACGAGACUGGAUACAAGGGCGCAUCAAGUGUGGCUGCAUUCAUCCAGGCCCUGAAAACAAACACCAUCAACAUCCACAAGAACAUCCAUGCCCGAGCCCCCCACGGCCUCCAAGGUGCCGCUGAAGCCCUCACCACCAUCCUCGAAGACAUAUCCAGGCGCAACAACGAUGUCCUUGCUGAGAACAAAUACGGCCGCGUCUCCUUUUCUCCCGCCAACACGCCCGAAGACGAGGACUCUCGCAAUCUAUACCAACAGCUCAUUGGGAAUGCAGACGACGAGGAUGAGGAGGGAGUGUAUUUCGUCCUCGAUGCGUUGGCGGACCUACCCGGUGAAGAUCUACACCAGUUUCGUGAGAGAUUGGGCACAGUGCUGCGUAGGGUUGAGGUUAACCGGGCGCCGAGGGGAUUUAUUAUGAAAUUGGCGGGAAUUGUUCGUGUUGCGGAGGCGGGAACGGGGACUGCUAUUGCGAGGAAACGGGCUGGGGAGAUGGGGGGUGAGAGGGGGAGGAAGAGGAUGAGGUGA